AGGAGUCGCAGACAUGGCCGAGUGUGAGCAGAUCUGAACAUGAUGAAGGAGCGCUGACUCCUCUGGAUCUUUGUCUCCAGCAGAACUUCAGCCCGAGGAGCAGGACGGAGGGAGGGGGGGGGGGGCGCCAUGACCGAGCCCCUGCUGAAGAGAACCUUCUCCAGGCUGAGAGGCAAAGACAGAUCCAGGAGGAAGACCGACCCCAAAGUGAGCGAUGUUUCAGUAACGGCUGACGCUGUUCUGCAGACGUCUUCAUCACCCUCGUUGACGCCCCCCAGAGCCCCCCAAGCAGCGGACCCUGACCCCCCCACACCUUCACAUAACCACAUCACAGUUGCUAAGAAACAGUUGUGGGCGCGGCAGGGCUCUGCAGCUCCGCCCACCUCUCUGCAGUCAAGCUCCGCCCCCAGAAACUCUGACCGGGAGCGACCGCCGUGGAUGUCACAGGAUGCAUCUGGGCAGGCCUUGAGUCAGUGGCUAGCGCAGGAUAAGAUGGAGCAGUGUGGUGACGGGAUGUGCUUUGGUCUGACCCAGGACACGAGCAGCGCCACCUGUGUUUCUGUCAGUUGUACCACAGUACUGCCAGACACCCCACCACCACCAGGGGGCUCCACUGAUGUGCCGCCCACCUCUGUCAGCAACAAGUUUUCUGGUCAGCGGAUGUAUCUGCAGAGCCUGGAUCGCAGCAGCCGAGCCUGGGUGCUGUCUUCGGGAAAGACCCAGGGUUCAGACGAGGCCUGCGGGUUGCAGCAGGAGAGUGGCAGCAACAUCUGGUACAACCCGAUCCCUGAGGAGGAGGACUCAGGAGGUCCACGCAGGGAGGAGGAGGUAUGGAGGAGAAGGGACAAGAGGGAGGAGGCAGGAGCGGUGAAUCCCAGAGCUGAGCUGGGAGGAGUGUGGGUCGGCUCAGCAGAAAGUCCACCGGAGGGCGCCAACCCCAGCAUCAGCCACCAGACUGACAACAUCACCACAGAAAACACAGACUCUAGCCCCGCCUCCCAGAAGAAAGGGGGCGUGUCCGGCAGUGUGAUUGACAGGCUGCGGUCUCCUGGUACGGUGAGGAAACUCUCCCUGAAGAUGAAGAAACUUCCGGAGCUGCGCCGCAAACUCAGCCUGCGCUCCUCUUGUCGCACCAACCGGCAGGGAAACGACAGCAGAGGGGGCGGCGACGAGUCGAGUAAGAGCCCAUCAUCCGCCGUGUCCAAUCAGAACGUGAUCAGCAGAUAUCACCUGGAUAGCUCCGCUCCUCCCGCCAGACCACUGCGGCGGUCGUCGAGAGGACGAUCCGCCAAAGGAGGUUAUCUUAGUGACGGGGACUCCCCCGAGCUGCUGCCACGGCAACAUCCCCCCCCCGUGACCACCUCCCAGGAAACGGCGUGUGACAUCAGCUCGUUCCGACUGUACGUAGGCUCCGACCCUCCGAGAUGCAGCCAGCGGGUGACGGGUUUACUGACCGUCCAUCUGCUGGGCCUGGAGGAGAUGAAGAGCAGCAGGUCGGAGUGCAGUAAGGAUGUCUUCCUGGCCAUCCAGAUAGACGGGGUGACGCGAGCGAGGACCGCCCUCCUGACACUGCGGGGCUGCGCCCUCCCGCUGAACCACGCCUUCCACCUGGAGCUGGAGCGGGCCCGGCAGCUCCGCGUGGUGGUGCUGACCCCAGGAGGAUGUACAGCCGGUGCCAGCAGGAAUAGAGUGUGUGCUCUGGGAGGAGUCUGCAUCCCCCCGCUCUUUAAAGGCAGCCGCAGCCAGCAGCUGUGUGUGAAGCUGGAGCCCCGAGGACUUCUGUACGUCAAAGUGUCUCUGCAGGAGAAGUGGGACACGCAGCCCAGCAGUGACUCCUCCUUGCCUGCUAACGUCUUCGGGGUGGAGCUGCACCACCUGGUGGAGAUAGAAGGAUCUGCCCCCCCGAUCCCUCUGCUGAUCCAGAAGUCUGUGGCCGAGAUAGAGCGGAGAGGACUCAAGGGGGUGGGUCUGUACAGACUGUGUGGUUCUGCUGCAGUGAAGAAGGAGCUCAGGGAUUGGUUUGAGAGGAACAGUUCAGCGGUCUGCCUCAGCGAGGAUCUGUACCCCGACAUCAACGUCAUCACAGGUAUACUGAAGGACUACCUGCGGGAGCUGCCGUCUCCGCUGAUCACCAGGAAUCUGUACCAGGUCGUCAGGGAGGCCAUGACCUUUCAACCCCCACCUGCCCCACCUGUGACCACGGACCCCCAGCUGGCCCAGAAAACUGUAGAGCUGCUGUCCUGUCUGCCGCCUCCAGAGAGGGCCACCCUGUCUCUCCUGCUGGACCACCUCAGCCUGGUGGCAUCCCUCAGCUCUUGCAACAGGAUGACGCACCAGAACCUCGCCGUCUGCUUCGGCCCGGUGCUCCUCACCCCGACUCAGGAGGCCUGGAGUGGGGGGGGGGGGGGAGUAGGGAGGGAAGGAAGAGGAGGAGGGAAGGUGUUCGGUGAAGAGAUAGUGAGUGCGAUAGAUUUUAAACGGCACAUCGAGGCGUUGCACUACCUGCUGCAGCUAUGGCCAGGUGUCCCUUUAUCUUCCUUUUCAGUGCCGACCCGUCGAGUCCCAGCAAACGACCACAUUGACAACUCCCCGCCUCCCUCCCCCGGCCUUACCCAUAACCCCCUUCGGCCGAAGCAGCAGCGGCAUCCUGCACUGCGAUUGGCUCUGCCCCAGAACCCCGAUGAGGAGGUGGUUGUGUCACGUCGUGGUCGAGGCGGCCUGGCUCGGCUCGAGAGUCCGCCACCGAUCAACCGGUACGCUGGAGACUGGAGCGUCUGUGGACAAGAUCUUCUGUCCGGACAGGAGGCCGACUACGACGAGGUGGCAGGAAGUGAGAGUGACGGCGGCAGCGGGGACGAAGACGAGGAGGAGAAGAAGGAGGCGUGGUCCUCAGAAGGUGGAGGAGGAGUUGGAGGUAGUCUGUACGUGGACGAGUUCUUGGAUUUUGAUGCUCCGUUUAACUGUCGACUCAGUCUGAAAGACUUCGACACUCUGAUCCAUGACCUGGACCGAGAGUUGGCCAAACAGAUCAACAUCUGUCUGUAGAGGAGGAAGAGGAGGAGGAGCAGAGGAAGAGAGCAAGAGAAGAGGAGGACAAGGAGGAGGAGGAGGAGGAGGAAAACAAGGAGGAAGGGGAGGACGAGGAGGAAGAGGAAAAGGAGGAGGAAGGGGAAGAGGGGGAGGAGGAUGAGGAGGAGUCUGCCACUUUGAAUAAAGGCCAUUGCUCCAAAAUACAAACUCUCCCUGCAAAAAACAGGAACACACGGAUAAUUAUUUUUGCAGAAUGAAGGCGAAAGCAUGUCCUGCCCUACUCCGCCUCUGAUUGGCUCUCCCUGAUAUUCUUACCUGAGCCUAACCAAUCGAACUCCUCAUGCCUAAACUCAACCAAUCAGAGGCAGAGUGGAGCGGUCAUACCUCCGUCUGUGCUCCUGUUAGUUGCAGUGUGAAUCUCCGAGCAAUGGGACUUUUUUUGGACUAUUGGGGUUUUGGAAUAAUGGAAUGGCACCGAAUAGAGCUGUGUCUCAGUCUAAUAUGCUUACUUCACAGUCCGAAAUUAAAUUUUGUAAAUCUGAAUUUUAUUUAACCUCAAUUAAGUUCCAAAACUUUACGUUAAAAUUCUGAUUCUCUCAGUAUUAAUUAUAAAUUAAGUUAUUUAUGAGGCUCCUGAAGAUGUGAUACUGACCGCAGACCUCAGAUCAGUUAGUUUGACCUCUGACCUCCUCACAGCCUCCUCAGACUGGACCAGCAGAUGUGUCAAAUAUAUCAAUCAGAUCUGUUUAGCUCUAGAGAUUUAAAAAUCCUGAGGGAAGUGAUGAGUUGAACUCAAAGUGGAACAAGAAGAGUCUGGUUCUCGUAGCGUCUCUGGAUGUUUCCGGUGGUUUCUGUGCCAACAAGUCAAAGUCAGACCAGAUAAUUUAUUUCUCUGAUCCAAAGGUAAAUGUGGCUCCAGCGUUAAUAUGAAGGAGAAGAGUUUCUCUCUGAGGUGUCGCUGUGGAGGAACCCUUCAAAACUUUAUUAUUAUUAUUGAUGCAGUAUCGACCCUCUGAAGAUGUGAACUGUGUUCUUGUUGUUCUGGGUAUCAGGGUAGCAUCCUGUCGGGCUGUUUGCACUGUUCAAGCCAUAAUUUCUAAUUUCACUCGUUGAAACUUUUAGUUGAAGUGAACAAACUGCAGAACUCAUUGCUCUGCUGCUGCUGUCACCCCCUGCAGUUUUCUGGUAGUCCUGCAAGUUUCUGUUGGUCCUGCAGGGUUCUGUCGCCCCCCUUCAGGUUGAGCAGCAGAGCGGUGUGGGCGGCUCGUCAGUGUUUUCGCGGUACAGCGUUAUUGGAGCCACAGAAGGAAUACGAUGCCAUACUCAGUGUUUCCAAUGACGAUGUUUUAAUGUGUUCUGCAUUUGUUGUUUUGUUGACAGUAUUACUUUGUUUUGCACAACGAUAAUAAGCACUUAUGUUUUUUAUUGAUGAUGACGAUGUUUCUAUGCAGAUGAUGUAACCAAAGUGUUGAAGCACAGUUCCUGUUGGAACAGACCACAGCAGCCUGUCUUUUUACCCUGACCAACUAUUAAACACAGUAUUAUUAUUAUAA